AUGGACCAAAUACCGCUCAUCGCCUCCUAUUACCCUCUUCUGCCUCCAGAAGAACGCAUACCAGUCACUGCAUUCACAUUUCCGCUCAUCCUCCUUGCACCUGCCCCCGUUUUUCUCCUCGCCUACCUUUCUCUGCGACCCAAUACCCUCUUUGUGCGACUAGCCAUAUUACCGUUUGCAGUUGCACCGGCUUUGUAUGUUCUGGUUGGGUUCAGAUGGAUGAGCUGGGAUUUGGCGCCUUGGAACUUCGCCCUGGGGCUACUUUGUCUUCUGUCCGUCGCAAAGGCGGUUGAGUUUGGAACCGAUACAACGGGAUUUCCACGUCUUCACAAGUUGGUCCCAAAUGGCAUCUCAUCGACGGACAAAGCCACACCCAACGGCGUAGCAUCGACAGAGAAAGACACUGUAUCUCGACCAGCGAAACUGGGACCUCCUCAAGGCCUGGUAGCUGGGUUGAUCGAUGCACUUGAUCUCUCCUGCUCGUGGCGUGGAAUCGGAUGGGAGCAUGGGAAGGACACCUAUGUCCCUCCAUUCCCAUCCCCAAACCUCACCGGAGAAGAGCUCAAACGCACAUGGUUGAAACACGCGUUCAAGCAGUUCUUACUCGCGCUCUUCCUGCUCGACGCGCUCGAAGUCGGCGUCAAGCAGCAUCCCAACUUCCGGCAUGCGGGUUCUGCGUCCAUCUGGCUCCCCUCCUUGCCUCCUGUGCAACGCUGGGCCGUAGCCGUACUCAUGUCCUACAUGACAGGAUCAGCGGUGAUCACCGGCUUCCAACUUUGCUACCAUCUUCUCGGCCUCUUUGCCGUCCUGCUGCUGGGGCACGACCCGCGCUCCUGGCCUCCGAUCUUCGAACAGCCCUGGCGCUCCACGAGCCUCCACGACUACUGGGCCAAACGCUGGCACCAGAUGUUCAGGAGGAUGUUCAUGAUCAUGGGCGGAUAUCCGGUUUCGUGGGCGUUGAGAGGUCUGUUCGGGCCGAUGGCGGGGCAUGUAGGACUCGUCGUGGGCACGUUUGUGAUCAGUGGGACGUACCACACCCUUUCACUUUUCCCGACGGGCAUACCUCUUGGCUGGGGAAGCAUGAUAUACUUCUCGAUGCAGGGGAUUGGCUUGGGCUCGGAGCGCCUGUUCAGGCAUGUCACAGGCCGGCGGGUGUCAGGCUUUGGAGGUUGGCUCUGGGUCAUGCUAUGGGUUGUGGUGGCAGGAAUGAUGGGAGUCGAUGAUUGGCACAUGCACGGUCUUGGAGCAGGCAUUAUCAUCCCUCCGGUCUUGUCGCCCUUGCGAGCAGUGAUCUUCCCACUUGGACGGAUGAUACAGAGGCAUUAUUGGCCUUGA